GGUAACUCUGGCCUUGGCUUCAGCAUAGCGGGAGGAAUCGACAACCCCCACGUUCCAGAUGACCCAGGCAUCUUCAUCACCAAAAUCAUCCCUGGGGGAGCGGCAGCCAUGGACGGCCGUCUGGGGGUGAAUGACUGCGUGCUGCGGGUGAAUGAUGUGGAUGUCUCCGAGGUGGUGCACAGCAAAGCCGUGGAGGCCCUGAAGGAAGCAGGCCCUGUGGUGCGGCUCGUGGUGCGCCGCCGGCAGCCCCCACCUGAGACCAUCAUGGAGGUCAACCUGAUGAAGGGCCCCAAAGGCCUGGGGUUCAGCAUUGCAGGGGGCAUUGGGAACCAGCACAUCCCUGGGGACAACAGCAUCUACAUCACCAAGAUCAUCGAGGGAGGCGCUGCCCAGAAGGAUGGGCGCCUGCAGAUUGGGGACCGGCUGCUCGCGGUGAAUAACACGAACCUGCAGGAUGUGCGGCAUGAGGAGGCAGUGGCUGCCCUGAAGAACACGUCUGACAUGGUGUACCUGAAAGUGGCCAAGCCUGGCAACAUCCACCUCAACGACAUGUAUGCGCCCCCCGACUAUGCCAGCACCUUCUCAGCCUUGGCUGACAACCACAUAAGCCAUAACUCCAAUCUGGGCUACUUGGGCAGCGUUGAGAGCAAGCCUGCCUACCCUGUCCCUCCCCAGGUGACUCCAUCCAGGUAUUCGCCCAUCCCUCGGCAUAUGAUUGGGGACGAGGACUUCACCAGGGAGCCCCGGAAAAUCAUCCUGCACAAAGGCUCCACUGGCCUAGGCUUCAACAUCGUUGGAGGGGAAGAUGGUGAGGGGAUCUUUGUGUCCUUCAUCCUGGCUGGAGGGCCCGCCGACCUC